AUGACCACCACUUCAUCAGCAGGAAACAAAGGACAAUUACCAGACCCAUCAACAUGGGUUCCAUUGAAAUCAAAGUUCAACGAUCGCUCCAGCUUGCAUUGGACCUCGAUCUAUAGAGCUGAACUGGACCCUCAUCAGCACUCUGAACUAUCCGACCGCCUGGCGAGCCUAGUCUCGACAAGCUCGCCAUCAUCAUGCACAAGAAAAGCUGAUCAGGAUAACCCACCACUACUCACCAAAUCGAUUGCAAUCAAAAUCGUCUCUCCUCAGUUGAAUCGCCCGCCGCAUGACACUCUGACCGAAAUCAAAACUUUAUCCUCUUUGGACCAUCCAAACAUCGUGCCUCUGCUAGCGCAUUGGGAGCCACCCGAGCAUGUCAAUUACUGUCUCUUCAUACCGCUCUAUCCACUAAGCUUGUACGACCUUCUGAAUGCACAGAAGAAGCCCUUCGAUCCGGCGAACUAUAGCGGCUUUGACGUCCUUACUCGACGGAUAGUCCGCGACGUGGGCGUCGGGUUGAGUUUUCUACACGACCGAUCGCUCGCCCAUCGGGACAUCAAUCCGACUAACGUCGUCUUAACCGCUCAGGGCCAUGCCGUCCUCAUCGAUUUCGGCACCGUAUGGCCAGGCUAUCCAUCUCCAGAAUCAGAGUCAUUGGAAUUCGAACUCGGAACGAUGCCCUAUCGACCACCGGAAUUGUUGUUUGGCAGUCGGUCGUAUUCGCCAUUCGCGCUAGAUAUCUGGUCAUUUGGCGCGUUAAUUGCCGAGUUUUACACGCCGAUGGAACGCUCGGAGGAUGAGUCAAUUUCUCGAGACUCAACCCCACCCACUACAGAUAACCGAGGGUUAAGGACAGGAACUGUGAUGGAUUGGUACUCUACUAGUGACCUCACCGAUCCAUCGUCUGCUGUUCAAGAAUGUGCUCAGACAGGCCCAGUCAUUCGUAAAACUCUUUUCGAAGGGUCCAUCGGUGAUAUUGGACUGGCCGGUAGUAUUUUCAAGAUCCUCGGAACUCCCGAUUCAACUACUUGGCCAGAAGCCAAACGGUUACCGGAUUUCUCGAAGUUGAAUUUCCAUGCAUUCCCCAAACAAGACAUCAGAGAUUAUUUACCGAAUCUGAGGUUUACUCUAGAUUUGCUUGAGGAGAAACUGGCAAUUUUAGCUGGACAAGAAGCAGAGGAGGUACGCCAUCAGAUCGAAGUAGAGAGACGCGAAAUCGAGGAAAAAGUGAGGAUGAUCGAGGGCUUUUUGAGCUACGAGUCGACGGACAGGAUCGGCUCUUUCCGUCACAUCUUCUCGUCCCCAGAACGUAACUCUAGUGAGAGUAAUGAUCAUUCUGAUUCUUGGGUCUGGAAAGCAAUCACCAAUGAGGAUCAGAUCUGUCAAGACACUUUGGAUUGGUUUUUCUCAAAUGAAUCCGAUAGUUGAAUUUAACCGGUUUCUACAUCUUGUUUUCUAUUUCUUCUGUGGGAUUUAUUUCAGGAUGCUCAUACAAUACCUUCUGGGCGAAUGUCAACACUAAUUAUCCAAGCGUGUGUUUAUUUGCUUCUGGUCUUUGUUUAGCCAACAAAGCACAGAUCAGUAAAAUGUGAAAUAUUUAUCUACCCUGAA